CUUUCACAAAGUUUAGGGAGACAAUAACCCAACAAUGGCCAAAGAGCCACUCCAUUAUCUUUUUUUAACAGGUACCAUCCUCCUGGUAGAAAGAGGCUUCGCUUUUCCAAGAAGGGUCUCCUUCAUCCAACUGUCCGAAAGCUGGAAACUUUGGCUAAACAAAAAGAGGCUCGCUCGCCUGUCGGUCAAAACCUACCAUUCUUGCUUAGACUCCCAUACCUUGCUUUCUAUUUAGUAGUAAGAGUGACACUCGAGUUGCACAGACAGCAAAAGCCUUCCUUUUCUUACAAUUCAGUUUUCACAAUCCUUCCUGCUCACGGAUUGUUUCCAUAUGGCCGACUCCAAGCAUUCUACCUCGCCUUGUCGUGAUGCUUUAGACAAUCCUCAAGUGCUUGAUACAGAGAUGGAACAGAAACUAGAGAAAAAGAUCGAGUUCUCGGACGAUGAGGAGUCUCUCAUAAUCAGGAUGUACAAUCUUGUUGGAGAGAGGUGGCACCUGAUCGCAGGAAGAAUCCCUGGAAGAACAGCUCAGGAAAUUCAAAAGUACUGGAACUCCAGAUACUCCACAAGCGAAUGAAGCCCAAAUGCAUGUGCCUUCUGUGUAAGAGACCUUGUUGGACUAGCAUUUUCGCCGAUAGUUUAUUGAAUUGUCAAUUACGGCUAAGGAACAGAACAUGAGUUCCAUUGAAAAUGAAUUAAGAUCAUCAUCUUUACAGCUACAGUUUGAUAUCAUGUCAAGUACACUAGUUACAAGGUGGUUUCAAUGCAUCAAUCGAACUCGCAAAUUAUCCGACACGCAAGCACGAAAAACAACCAAGUUGUAUGAUUUGUCUCCGUUGCAUCGCUUGAGCUUGUAGCACAUGUUAUUCCCCAGGUUCGGAUCAUACAUUGCUCUGUUUGUAAACCUUCGUGUCCAAGACUUGCUUACCGCACAUUGCACAGACUCCUGAGAAACAACAUCCAUAUACCAUCAGUUGCUCAGCAGUGCACAGAGCAGAAAAUAUGAACCACGAA